UCUAAAUUUACACAAUUUUUGUUAUGUUUUGUGUCUCUCUCUCCUCUCUCUCCUCUCUCUAGCUCUUGUGUAUUGUGAUGAGUUUGCCAAGUUGGGAAGAUUGUAAUAGAGACAAUAACAGAAGUACUAAAAUUUUAGAGGUUGCAAAAAGACAAGUCCAACAUAUUCCACACACUUGAGAAUGUGGUGUCUCUCUUUGACUCCUCUCCCUCAAUCACUCUCUAUUUAUGUAUGCAUCUUUUCAAUCCACACACAUCUCUCUUAACACACACAUAUACAUAUUUAUAUAUAUGUAAUCCGAUCCCUAAAGCUGAUCAUCUUCAUCUUCAAUUUCAAUUCUUUCUAAUUCAUCUUUUCUGAUUGAUCAAUCCAUAUACCUCCCUUUCUUCUUGAAUCUCUCUAUAUAGCCAAUUAAAUGGAAGCAGCUGCGGAGGCUGUAUCAGCCGCUAGGGAGCAAUCAUUGAUCCUUAAAGGGAAACGGACUAAGCGGCAACGUCCGCAGUCCCCAAUCCCUUUCUCUAUCAUCCCUCCUAUGUCUUCACAAGAGCCGGAUGCUGAAGAAGAAUCCACUAGUCUUGUUUCCAAGGAGCAGAAUCUCAAUGAUGAUAUCAACAACAAUAACAACAAGAAUGAUAACAAUACUUUGAUCAAUGGUGUUACAUCUUCAUCUUCUGCCUCUUCAUCUUCCAACAACAAUGUGACAUUAAAGGCCACCAUUGACGAGGAAGAUCAAGACAUGGCUAAUUGUUUGAUCCUCCUCGCCCAGGGUCACUCUCUUCCUCACCACCAACCGCAACAAACAAGACAGCUAAUGAUAAGUUACCAAGAAUCUGGUAACAACAACAAUGCCUAUAGAUCCAGCAGCAGGAGGUUUCUGGAGACAUCUUCAUCGAACGGGACCACAGCGAACGGCGGAGGCAGAGCCGGUUACUAUGUUUACCAGUGCAAAACAUGUGACCGUACUUUUCCGUCUUUCCAAGCUCUUGGCGGCCAUAGGGCCAGCCACAAGAAGCCUAAAGCCGCCACGGGUCUUCACUCCAAUCAUGACCUCAAGAAGUCUAUCUACGAUGACCCCGUUUCUCUCCAUCUCAACAACGUUGUCACCACGACUCCAAACAACAAUAGUAACCAUAGAUCGCUUGUGGUAUACGGUAAAGCUAAUAAUAAUAAGGUCCAUGAAUGUGGGAUAUGUGGAGCCGAAUUCACAUCCGGACAAGCAUUAGGUGGUCACAUGAGACGACAUAGAGGUGCUGUCGUGGCCGCAGCAGCCGCCUCUACCCCCACCGUAGCGGUUGUGGCCACUACAGCUACUGCAAACACUGCUUUGUCAUUAUCGCCUAUGUCAUUUGAUCAGAUGUCGGACGUUCCGGUUCAGGUUCCGGUUAAGAGAGCAAGGAGCGCGGUUGUGUCGUUAGAUUUAGAUCUGAAUCUACCUGCCCCGGAAGAUGAGAAUCGGGUCAACGGAUUAAGCUUUGCUUCAAAGCAAGAAAACGAACAAGAACAUGAACAAACACAACAGAAGAAACAGAGAGAAGAACAUAAGUCUCUUGUCUUGUCUUCUGCUCCUACAUUGGUGGAUUGCCAUUACUGAAAUCAAAAAUUCAAAUCCUAAGAUUCAUUUAUUGAUUUUUUAAAGCAGAAAUUGAUGAAUCAUUUUUCUAAGAAAAUUACUGAUUCCUUGCUUGUACAAGACUUGCAAGAUUCUUCUCUUCUUCUUUUUUCCUUGCCAAAGAAAACUAUGUAUUAUACAAAUAUAUAUACUCCCAUUAGGCAUAUGCAGAUGCUAUGUAUGUAAUUACAUCCAAGUUAA